UUUAUAUUCUCAAAACUCAUCACUCAUCAUCAGUGAAGCUCUCGGAGAAGAAAACUAGGUUUUAAAUCAAAGCGGUAAGGAAUUGCUGGUUCGUCGUUAGAGACUGGGGUCUUUAUCAUAGAGGAAGAUAAGUAUUUCACAUGCAGAUUGUUUGUGUAUGAUGAUCUAAUGGUUGAUUCUAGUAGUUUAAAGCUGAAACACACUAGUAGCAUACUUUUCAGUAUUCCUGAUUUCUUCGUAGGGUUUGGUAAUAAAGGUUCUUUAGAUUCAGACUCAGUUAGGAGCCCUACAUCUCCUCUGGACCUCAGGCCUUUUUCAAAUCUUAGCAACCCAUUUAGACUUCGGUCUGCUAGAUCAUUAUCUCAAAAUGGAAAUCAUAAGAUAUGGGAUUGUAGGAAAGCAGGCCUUGGCAUCGUCAAUUCCCUUGUUGAUGAAACCAAAGCUACUAGUGAAGUUCUUGGUUCAUCGAAGAGGAAGACCAUAAUUUUUCGACCACAGUUGGAAAAAAUCAACCCUCAUUCCUCAAAGCUUCGUUCUGGUUCAAAGGAUUAUUUCAUGAAAUCCCGAUCUUUACCUAGAAACUAUAUAAUUAGGCCACUUUCUGAAACCAUAUCUCUCAGGCUCCAACUCAAACCAGAUAAGGUGGAUGUUUCCUCUGGGAGUGUGGGACUUCUUUUAGAAUCUGAACCAUCUGAAAACAUUGCACCAUUUUUGUUGGACUCCAGCAGGGCUUCCUCACAAAUUGUCUCUAUGCAAGGAGAAAAUUCGUUGGGUUUUAGACCUAGUUCACUUCCAGCACCAAUUGUCUCUAACCCUCAAUCUGCAUCCUCUAUCCCUGCUAGAGAGAUGGAACUCUCUGAGGACUAUACCUGUAUAAUUUCUCAUGGUCCAAACCCGAAGACCACUCAUAUAUUUUGUGACUGCAUAUUGGAAUGUCACACAAAAGAUUUAAACAAUGUUGACAAAGAAACAGUCGAGAUAAAAGCACCUCAACUAGGUAAGCAUCAGGAGGGAUUGACACAUGACCCUUCAGAUGAACUUUUGGGAUCCUGUUACACCUGCCAGAAGAACUUGGAAGGAGAGGAAAUUUACAUGUGCAGAAGUGAGAAAGCAUUUUGUAGUUUUGAUUGUCACUCAGAUAAGAUUUUUGCUGAAGAGGAAGCAGAAGGUACUUGGGAUAAGUCUGCAGGAAGCUCUCCUAAAAGCUACCAGGAAGAUCUCUUCUUAUUGGGUAUGCAUAGUCAUGAGACUCCGGACAUAGAGUAGUAGUAGCCUCAUAGGUCUUGUUCUCUAUAAUCAUAAUUGGAUGAUUUCAAGUGGCUAAAAGCCCUGGUCAUCAGUUUUCUUCUCCCUUUUGUUUCCUAGUGUUUUUGUGUGCAAGUGUUCAUGCAAAAAGUAUUUUGGACCACUGAACUCAUUGUUGAUUGCAUGAGGUACUGAAAUAAUAGCUGCACUUUUUGGGUUACUAUUU